UCUCAACCUAACAGUCAAAAUGUUUUGGUUAUAAAUUCCUAUCAGUAAGUAAAACCCAUUAUCAAGUUAAAGCUUUCUUUACUUGACCUUCAAUUUUAGCUUCCUACAAAAACCAAUCUUUCAGUCACAGACCACAACAACAUACAUACAUACAAGCUUGAAAACAAUAAUGUCACCUGAAAUUUGCGUAGUACCCUUCUUCGGACAAGGCCAUCUCUUUCCAUGCAUGGAGCUAUGCAAUCACUUGGCUUCUAGAAACUUCACCGUAACCCUUCUCAUCUCAUCCACCAUCGCUUCCUCUGUUCCCUUUUCUCUCCGCCAAAACCCUCUUAUCCGAAUCAUCGAAAUCUCAUCAUCGCCGGCGCCGCCACCUCACGCGCCCCACAACGAACUAGUCCAAGGGCUCGAAAACAUCUUCUCCCGGGGACCCGAUAACCCGAAUCCUGCCCGACCCGUUUGUGCUAUCAUUGACGUCAUGACGAGCUGGUGGACUGCCCACGUUUUCAAGAAAUUUGAGGUUCCCACGGUGGCGUUCUUCACCUCCGGCGCAUGCUCCGCCGCCUUGGAGCUAGCCACUUGGAAAGCCCACCCGUUAGAUUUAAAACCCGGUGAGAUCCGGUUACUUCCCGGGUUGCCCGAAGAUGUGGCGCUUACAUACUCGGACCUCAAACGACGACGUCACGAUCCCCCUCCGCCACCGUUGGGCGGUGAACCACCGCAUCAUGGCGGCGGAGCUGGUUUUCCUCCAGCUCCUGGUGGACCGGGGAUGGGACCACCUAAAUUCGGGGAACAACCACCGUGGGUGGAGGAGGUCCGAGAAACAGUUGCGUUGGUGAUCAACACGUGUGAUGAUCUGGAGCGUCCAUUUAUUGACUACAUCGCGGAUCAUAUUGGAAAACCGGUCUGGGGUGUUGGACCGCUUUUGCCGGAGCAGUAUUGGAAAUCGGGCGGUUCACUUCUCCACGACCGGGAUGUUCGAUCAAACCGGCGGUCCAGCGUCACCGAGGAAGAAGUGAUCCAGUGGUUAGACUCAAAGCCACGUGGAUCGGUGCUAUACGUGUCGUUUGGUACUGAGGUGGGCCCUACAAUGGAGGAGUACCAACAACUAGCUCAUGCGCUGGAGUCAUGUGAGCAACCAUUUAUAUGGGUGCUCCAACCCGGUUCAGGUAGACCGGGUCCACCGCGUAUGAUCUUAGGAGGGGAAGCCGGUUCAGGUGGUCCAGAAGGAGAAGAAGGAUAUUUUCCUCAUGGGUUGGAUAGCAGAGUUGGGAAAAGGGGUUUGAUAAUACGUGGGUGGGCACCACAAUUGUUGAUACUGAGUCACCCUUCAACGGGUGGAUUCUUAUCUCAUUGUGGUUGGAACUCAACGGUGGAGGCUAUUGGACGUGGGGUCCCAUUCUUGGUGUGGCCCAUAAGGGGUGACCAAUACCAUGAUGCCAAGUUGGUGGUGACCCAUCUUAAAGUGGGGUACAUGAUAUGUGAUGAUCUAUCGGAAAGGGUAACAAAGGAUGAUAUAGUUAAGGGAAUACAGAGGUUGAUGGGUGAUAAAGAAAUGAAGAAGACGGCUGAGAUUCUUAGUGCUAAGUUUCAGCAGGGAUUUCCAAGAAGUUCAGUGGAUGCUUUUAAGGAUUAUAUUAAUCAGAGAUUUGCCUAGGAUCAUUGGCCCUAAUAGUAUAUGUUGCUUCACACAAUAGAGUCAGAAUAAAGCUUUCCUUUCCAGCCACUACAUACAUGGGUUACUGGGCUACGUGUCAUUCUUUCAACUAAAAUGGAUUUAGUUCCCAGCCCUAGCAUCCCAGUGCCAGUGUAAAUUUUUUAACCAUUUCAAUGAAUGUUAAUACAUUACUGCCAUGCAACCAAAGGAAAUUUUAAUUCGAUGUUUUCACUUCUCACCGUCCCUAGUCUUUGCCUACGGUAUAUAUUCUCAUUUUAGUCCAACUUCUGCUUACUGCCCCAUUUUUUUUGGGAAAGAAUUGAAGAAAUUGAAUCUAU